AUGUUUGUGCCAGCCCUCCUCGCUGCGUGGGCUUCUCUGCUACUUGCCCCCGUGCUGGGGGCCGUGACGUGGACCGCGACCCCGUUUAACCCCGCUUCUGUGCCGUUGGCGGUCCGUUCGCCGUACUUGUCUGCGUGGCUCCCACAGGGCGCCGGCACUGCUUUGAAUGACGCAUGGCCUACUUUUUGGACCGGAAGUAUCCUCGGAUGGGCAGGAUUUGCCAAAGUCGAUGGUGUUACCUUCAACUGGCUUGGUACUCCUGCCGUCGCUGGCACAACAUUCAACAAAGCUACACAGAAGAGUCUUCAGUUUACCUCAACUCAAAGCAUCUUCGUGAUGACUGCUGGUCCCGUCGACCUUACCGUCACAUUCCUGAGCCCCGUAGAGCCGAGCGACCCCGUCAAUCAAUCGCUUCCUCUAUCAUACUACUCCGUCUCUGCCGCGUCCAACGACGGCAAGGCGCAUAGCGUCCAGAUCUACACAGACAUCAGCGCAGAAUGGGUGACCGGUGACAACAGCCUUACUGCGAACUGGACCACGACGACCGGCAGUGUCCUUACCCACCAAGUACAGCUCGCGACCCAAACUCAGUUUGGUGAAGUCAGUGAUCAUAUUCAGCAGGGCUCCGCGUACCACUCGACUCUCAACACCGUUGGCGCAACCUGGCAGAACGGCCAAGACACAGUCGUGCGCGCGCAGUUCAUCAACAACGGCAAGCUCACGAACGCCGGCGACACCGCCUUCCGCGCCGUCUCCGACCGCUGGCCCGUCUUCGCCUUCGCACACGACCUCGGCACCAUCACCGGGGCGACCGCCCCAGUCGUGUUCGCCGUUGGGCACGCACGCGACCCCGCGGUGCAGUACAUCGUCGCGGGCGGCGCGCUGCAGAGCAGGAGCCUUUUCUUCUGGACGCGAUUCUCGACCGUCGCGAGUGCGAUCUCGACGUUCUUGGGUGAUUACAGCAAUGCGCUGGUUCGCGCGAAGGCGUUCGACGCGAAGGUGAACGCGGACGCGACGAAGAUCUCGGCGGACUACGCGUCCAUCGUUGCGUUGUCCAUCCGCCAGGGCUUUGGCGCGAUCGAGACCACGGUCUCUAGGACGGGAAGCGGGUUCAACACCUCGGAUGUGCUGGUGUUCAUGAAAGAAAUAUCCAGUGACGGAAACGUGAACACGGUCGACGUGAUCUUCCCUGCGUGGCCGCUCUUCCUCUACACGAACCCGACGCUCGGAAAGCAACUGCUGCUUCCAUUGUUCGAGUACCAGGCGACGGGUCAAUACCCGAACAAGUGGAGCGUGCAUGACAUGGGGGCGAGCUACCCGAAGGCCCUCGGGCACAACGAUGGCAAGGACGAGGCGAUGCCCGUCGAAGAGAGCGGCAACAUGCUCAUCAUGACGCUCAGCUACACCCAAAAGUCGAACGACCUCUCCCUCAUCAAGACAUACUUCAACCUGCUCGACCAGUGGACACAGUUCCUGAUCACGGACUCGCUCAUCCCCGCGAACCAGAUCAGCACGGACGACUUCGCGGGCAGCCUCGCGAACCAGACGAACCUCGCCAUCAAGGGCAUCGUCGGCAUCAAGGCCAUGGCGCAGAUCGCGUCGCUCGUCGGGGACACCGCGCGGAGCGCGAACUACAGCUCGAUUGCGGCCUCAUAUGUACAGCAAUGGCAGAAGUUCGCUACGUCGUCCGAUGGGACCCACUUAACCCUUUCGUACGGUGACAGCGCUAGUUGGGGCCUGUCGUACAACAUGUUCGCGGAUAAGUUGUUGCAGACCAACGUCUUCCCGGCCUCCGUGUUUGAUAUGCAAACGACAUGGUACAGUACCCAUGCCAACGCGUUUGGCGUGCCGCUCGAUACUCGCCACACAUACACAAAGUCGGACUGGUCAAUCUGGACCGCCGGUCUGGUGACGACGACCGCCGUGCGCGACCUGCUCAUCAGCUCGGUGCGCAAGUACGCGGCGGACGGGAAGAGCUCGCAGCCGCUCGGGGACUGGUACGAGACGACGGACGGAUCCGUGGAAGGGUUCCGUGCGCGGCCGGUUGUCGGCGGGCACCUCGCUGUGUUAACAUUGCCUUAA